AUGUCGACACAACAGGAAGAACUAAUGAAGAAGUUGGAAGCAUUCAUGAUCCAGCAAACACAAAGCAACAACGAUUUGAAGGAAGCUAUGUCAGCCUUGCAGACCAAGCAAGCAACGAUGGAAGAAAGAUUGCAAUCCCUAAGCCAAAACAAAACCAUUGAACAAGGAGAAGACAACGAAAGUGUGGACAAGGUCUUCAAGAUGGAGCGUUUUGAUGACCCAGUGGUACAGGGGCGUGGAAUAGGACGUGGCACCACCUUCGGAACAAAUCCAAACAGUAAAUUUUCGUUCCAAGGAGGGUUGGUUGGGAGAGGUAAAGGAUGGACCCAGGAAGGAGCGGGACGAGGAACUGGCAAGGGUUUUGAAUCAUGGCGAACAGGUGAACCUCAGCCUUUCAAGCACAAUUGGGAACCCCUAAAACCAGAGUGGUCAAACUGCAGGGAUCAAGGGUCACCAAAAGAUUGGGAAGAGACAGAAGAUACUGGAUACCGAGGGGGUAGAGUACCAAGAUUUGCCAAGAUGGAGUUUCCGACAUAUGAUGGAAAGGGGAAUCUAGUCGAAUGGCUUCAAAGAUGUGAAGACUUCUUCGAAGAGCAACAGAACCCCACGAACGCUUGGGUUAGGCAGACCACUUUUUCACUACAAGGUCGGGCUAGUGGGUGGUACCAUAACCUACGGAGAAUUCAGACCCGCUUGAACUGGUUCGAGUUCUCUGAAGAGUGCAAAAUCAGAUUUGGACCCCCAAUGAGCAUGAAUCCAUUGGGUGAAUUAACGCGACUAAGACAAACAGAUACAGUGGAAGACUAUUGUGAGGGCUUUGAGUCACUACUGGGGAGGACGACAAGCGUGACUCCAGACAAAAACCGAGAGUCAGCAGCAAAUGGUGGAGCCGGAACAGUGAAAUCCGAAGUGCAGAACCCGACUUUGAAACGGCUUACAACUACAGAGAUGGCAGAAAGGCGAGCAAAAGGAUUAUGUUUUAACUGUGAUGAAAUGUUUUCAAUCGGCCAUAAGUGUGCGAAACUGUUUGGUAUCAUGUUGGAAGAUGAAGAAAAUGUUACUUGGGAUGAUCGUGCUGUUUUGACCAACGCAUACCCAGGAGGCUGGGUUACAGGGAAGUUCACGGCUUCUUCAAGCACUAGCACUGGUCCUGUCACGAGCCUUUACUUCCCCCCCCCCCUAUUUGUUGCCGGCAACGAGGACUCGACUCCUCCUCCUUGUCGAACAGAACAACCCAAGCACCACCUGAGAAUCGCCGCUCCUUCUGCCAUUUUCGUUCGUGAUUUUCGUCGGAUCAGAAAAACAGCCAAGGGAAGCCGCCGAAGCAGCCUCCCUCACCACCACAUACGAAUGUCGUCGCCUCCGCCUCUUUUCCUUCGCGAAUCGUUGUCGGAGAUCGACGUCCGCCCCUCCUCACGAUUUCAUCAGCCACUCUGA